CCAUCUGUGGGGAGAUGGCCACCACCUGAGCCCAGCAGUGCCCCAACCCUGCCAUGGGAGUGAGCAGGGGGCCCCUGAGCCCAGCCUGGUGUCCAAAACAGUUCAAGAGGCUCAAAAAAGCCCGACAUGAGGAAAAACAAUGUCUCUAUCAGCUCAUGCAAGCAGCUAGGCCCUGACCUGGCGCUACCUGGUCCUGGCGCCACGUCCCAGGGCAGGAGGAAGUGGCCGCCAUUUUGGGAGGUGGCCUCCCCUCAGGGGUGUGGUGCUGGGGCCUGGUGAGGCUCAGCCUCCCAGCAGGGCCAACUUCAACCCUUCCCGUGUGGGAACUGAGCAGGUAAAAGAUUAUUACUGUUCCCUUGGGUCAGCCCUGGGCUGUCUCCACAAUGAGGGGUGUCAGUGUGGACCAGGGGCCAUGGUGGUGGUACUGCACCCCAUGCAGCCCCUCAGGAUGGUGGAGGCAGCUCCCUGAGGGGCAAAGAGCGUUCAUCCCCUGCUACCUCCAAAAAAUGAGGCUUUGGCAUUUAAACCGUUGCUUCUCCAAAUGUGCCCCCAGGUGCUCCCAAACAAGCACAACCCCACAGCUUGCACUAUCUAGGUCACCCCCUCCCUCUCCACAGCUCCAUUUUUCCCCACCUCGCCCCAGCCCACCCUAUGUACAACUCCAUGCCAAACCCAGGGCGCCCUGUGUGAGAGACCAUCCCCUGGGUAGGCAAUGGGGUACAACGGAAGGGAGAAGAGACACAGGACCAUGGUGGGCUGUGGGAUCCCACUGGGGAACAGGGUGCCAUAGAGCCUGUCUCCCUCACAGGGAGGCCGAGGGCGUCCCCAGCACUGCGAUCCGAGAAAUCUCACUGCUGAAGGAGCUGAAGCACCCCAACAUAGUCAGGCUCCUGGAUGUCAUACACAGCCAGAAGAAGCUCUAUCUGGUGUUUGAGUACCUGAAUCAGGACCUGAAGAAAUACAUGGACUCAUCCCGAACUGGAGAGUUUCCUUUAAGUUUGGCCAAGAACUACGUUUUCCAGCUGCUGCAGGGUGUGAGCUUCUGCCACUCGCACAGAGUCAUCCACAGGGACUUGAAGCCGCAGAACUUGCUCAUUAAUGAAGCAGGAGCAAUCAAGCUGGCUGAUUUUGGAUUGGCAAGAGCUUUUGGAGUCCCCCUGCGCACAUACACUCAUGAGGUGGUGACUCUGUGGUACCGAGCCCCUGAAAUACUGCUGGGAUGCAAAUACUAUUCAACCGCUGUGGAUAUCUGGAGCAUCGGCUGCAUCUUUGCAGAAAUGGUGACCAGGAAGGCCCUGUUUCCAGGGGACUCUGAGAUUGAUCAGCUCUUCCGGAUAUUUCGCACCCUGGGCACUCCCACUGAGGCAACCUGGCCUGGGGUGACCCAGCUGCCUGACUACAAGGGAGACUUUCCCCGGUGGGCAAGAAAGGAGAUGAAGGAAAUUGUUCCCAGCUUAGAUCGAGACGGUAGAGACUUACUGGUGCAAUUGCUCCUGUACGAUCCCAGCAGGCGCAUCUCAGCUAAGGCAGCCCUCAAUCACCAGUACUUCUUCUGGAAAAGCCCUCAGAGCACUGAAGAACAUCGUGCGCCGCAGAGACACUGCAGAUGAGAAGACACAGCUCCCCCAUGCACUUGUGCCUCCGGGUAGUGGUGCAGAUCUGGGUUUGGGCAUUUAUCGGGGGGCUGGCUGGCACCCAGGGUCUCACUUCUCCUGAGGACCCUGGAGGGGGACAUCCUCACAUUUAGAGACUCAGCCUGUUGCUGGGGGAAAGUUUGGUUUCAGCCAGUAGAGCUGUUUUGAAGCAGUCAUGUCAAAAGAGUGGGCAUAUUUAUCAGCAUAAAACACUGAAAUGUAGAUGGGAGAGCAGCUUUCAGACGUUUGUCCUAGCAUUAGGCAGCGAGCUAAGGUGACACAGAGGGAUUUCUGUCUCCAGCGCUGGAGCAUCCCCAGCUCUGUCGGUUGCAGUUUCUGACACCAGGGCGUGCUGGAGCUCCACUUUGGGUAGGGGACCGCUUCUGUGCUCGGCCCUUUGCUGCUGUUACCAAAGACUGGGCUUGUCAGCACUAGACAAGUUGUUUAACCUGAGCUGGUUAACAGAGCUGACAUUCUGCUGUCUCACAAGCUGAUGAGCACUAUCAGGUGUCUGAUUUGUGCCUUAGCUGGGACCAAGAAGCCAAAAGCUCCAGCUAGCAUAAAGCACUUGUUGCAUAUGGCUGGAAAUAACAACAGCUAAACUGCUGGGUUUCCAUCAUCGGUCCAGAUGUAAUGCUGUUUCCUUUGCUUUAUUGUCUUGGAAAUUGUUUUGCUGUUCAAAUGUUUGGAGAAUUGUCACUAACUUUUG